GGCGGGGCCGCCAUGAUGGCGGCGGCGGCGGCGCGGCGGGGGCGGCUGGGCCGGGAGGGCCGCGCCAGCCUUUGCUCCUUCCUGCUCGGCGCCUCGGUGGCGGCUCUGCCGCUGCUGCUCGGCUCGUCCCCCUCCCUGCUGGCCGCUCCCGGCCUGCGCGGCCGCCUGGCUCUCGCCCUGCACGUGGCGGGCGUCAACGCGGCGCUGCUGCUCAUCUAUCCGCGGCCGCUCUACAAGAUCGCCGUCCGGGCCUGUUUCUUGGGCUUCGCCUUCGGCUGCGGGCUGCUGCUGAGCGCCGGCCGCUCCGCCUGGCGCCACUUCGGAUGGUAUAUGUGCUCCCUCUCCCUCUUUCACUACUCGGAGUAUCUGGUGACAGCCAUCAACAACCCUCGCAGCCUCUCGCUGGACUCCUUCCUACUCAACCACAGCUUCGAGUACAACCUGGCUGCCCUGUCCUCCUGGGUGGAGUUCACGCUGGAGAAGCUCUUCUUCCCAGAGCUGAAGCAGAUCACCUGGCUGAGCACUGUGGGGCUGCUGAUGGUGAUCUUCGGGGACUGCCUGAGGAAGGCAGCCAUGCUUACAGCUGGCUCCAACUUCAACCACAUCGUUCAGAACGAGAAAUCUGACACCCACACUUUGGUGACAAGUGGGGUGUACGGGUGGUUCCGGCACCCAUCCUACGUGGGAUGGUUUUACUGGAGUAUUGGAACACAGGUGUUGCUCUGCAAUCCCAUCUGCGUGGUGGGCUACGCACUGGCGUCCUGGCGCUUCUUCCGGGAGCGGAUCGAGGAGGAGGAGAUCACACUCAUUCACUUCUUUGGAGAAGAGUACCUGGAGUACAAAAGGAAGGUGCCAUCGGGUCUCCCUUUUAUUAAAGGAGUCAAAUUGGAACUGUAACAUGGGCAAAAACCAGGCUGGCUGAGCAGAUGCCCAGCUCCUGCUGCGCCCAGUGCCUGUGUGGCGCCGGCAUCGGGAGGUGCCUGCUGGUAUUUCCUGGCCACCCAGGAGGAGCUGGUGGAGGGCUGCAGCGUUGGGCAGCCUGCUGGGUCACUCGCAGAUCAGAAGCUCGUUCCUCCUCCUUGAGAUCAGUCCUUCCUUGCACAUUCAGGGAUCUUCCAGAUAACAGCCUGUAGCAAUGCUAAAGAGAAUGAAUCCUGCCUGCAGCAGCUGAAUUGUCUUGGAACGCCUCUGGAACUGAUUCUACCAGAAAACAGCACUGCCCUCCUGGCCCUGGGUGGGGAAGGUGCUAGGCAGCAGAUUGUUCCUGUUGCAUAAUUCGAUUUUAAAGCUUUCUGACCUCGUGAGCCUGGUGACACGACUUUAAUCUCCUCGGGCCAAACUCCUUGAGUUGGCACUGGGGUGGCCGAGGGAGCAGCCUCCAGCUCUGCCUGCCCUUGAAGCACCAGAGUGCCGGCAGCAUGGCACCACUCAAUUCUCUCCAGGCCUUGGGGUCUGCAGGGAGGCUUCUGCUGCUCCCCUUGUGCCACUGGAUCUGAGCACCUCUGGGUCCUCUCCUCGUCCCUUGGAUGCUGCUGUGGAUGCAGUCUCACUGCUCCAGCCGCUGCCACCUGCUGCCACCUCUGUUCCUUCUUCCUGCUUCCAAAUCGCGCUGCUUCCUAUCCUGCCAGGCUGCCUCUGUCUUGCAGAGAUCCCAGGAUUUUGGGUUGUGAAAGAGCCACAGCUGCCAGGCUUGCUAAGGGCUUUAGUCUCUGAGGUCCUCCCCUGCUCUUUUGGGCAAAAGCUGUGAUGUUAGGGCAAGUAGGAGAUGCUUUUAGGGAAAUCUCCAAUGAGGAGAAGAGUUGGGCUAGCUAAUGCUCUUUUAUAGUAACCAUUUGGAAAUGGUUCCCACUGAGCUGUGUGGUAUAACUUUGUUGUUAUAUACCAAAGAGGUUCACUGUUUUCUUGAGUUCUACAUUAUUCUUCCUUGCUGGAAUGGAAAUGAGUUGCUUGUCAGUUCAUGCUUGGAGCUGGUGGUGUUCCAUGGGGAAGGUGCUGCGGUACGGCUCAGGAAAGGGCACUUGGUGACAAUAGCUUGGGUUUGGGUUUAGGUUUUCUUUUUUUAUAUUAAAAAGAAAAAAAAAGAAAAAGAGAAAACAUUGUCAGCUUCUGUCUGGUUACUUGAAGGUCUUUUGAGGUGCUAGAAUCCUUCCUAAUUCCUGGUGGGUUCUCACUCAGAACACACCAGCACUGUGCUGAGGCACAAUUGUGACUCAGUGAUUUGUGGGGUUGUGCAACCACAGGGAUGGGGCUGAACCUAACUCUGACCCCCCAUUUCUCCUUGCUGAACUGAUGCAGAGUCCAUCCUCCACUGGGUUUGCUUGACCACAGAGCAUCUGAUGCCCUUGCUGCUGACUUGACCUUUGCUGAGCAGGGUUUUGGCUUGGAAGAAAAGAACAGAGAUGAAAACUCACCAGUUGGAGUGCUGAUCUGUGCUGAACACUUGGAGGCUCCCACUUGGGCUGUUCCUGUCUCAGGAAAGCACUGGUUGCAGGCAGUGGUGCCUCGAGCGGGUUAAUCUGUAAGCAAUUUUUUUUGUAGGCAGUAAUAUUUCUACUGUGCCCUUGAUCAAAGGAACUUUGGAACAAGUAAUUGUUACUUGGGUUUGAUGUGCUGCUUGACAACAGAAACAAAGCCUCAUUCCCAGAUUGUUCUUCAUAGUAAAUGAACCUUGAUCCUAAUUUUGCAAGUGCUGGUUCCAGUUGUGCAGGCUCUGUCUAAGCAGGACGCUUUGGCACCGAAAGAAAGGGAUAAACUUCACCCUGAGCAAAA